GAGUGAUGCCAAAGUCUCUAGCAAACAGAAGAAGACCACUGAGACAAGCUAAACCUAUUUGGAUUGUUAUUUUUUAGAGUUUUCGUAGAUUGUAACGAUUUAAUAUACGUGAGUGAAAAAUAAUUGAAAAAUGAGCUCAGGAAUGGUGCAAAAAAUUUUAGAUGAAAAAUGGCAAUACAAACAAGGCAUAAGCUCUCAACAUGCUCUGCACUAAGGCUUCAUUUGGAUGGAGAGAAAAGGACAGAAAAGAAAGGAUUCUGAGAGAAACCCGUACCGUUUCAUUCAUUUGGGAGUUCUAACAUGGACAGAAGAGAAAAGAAAAGAACGGAUAGGAGUCCCUCCAGCCGGUGAAAAUUUUUCCGCCCAAAAGUGGGAAGAAAAGGACGGAAACAACUUGGGCUGCCAAAAGACAUUUCUAAUAUGACAAUUUUGUCCUUUAAAAGCUGAGACAAAAAUUUAUUAUUCCCUUUAUAUCCUAAAAUUCAUUUGUAAAACCACCGUGCAAGGCUUUCUCAGCGCUUUACUUUCAAUACUUGCAACUAGAUUCACUUGGCUUUCUUCCGUUCAACACCCACAAUUCAAUACAAAAGUGACGCAGAGGCAGUUCGGCAAGAUAAUAUAUUGAAGCUUGAAGUUGCAGAGUUGAAGUCCAAAUUUUGUGAGAGAACCCAAGCUCUCAUCCAUGGUGACCUUCAUACAGGUCUAUCAUGGUUACUAGCAAUUCUACUCAAGUUAUAGAUCCAGAAUUUUCUUUCUGCGCGCCGAUGGGAUUUGAUGUUGGAGCUCUUAUUGGAAACUUAAUCCUGGCUUAUUUUGCACAAGAUGAACAUGCAAAUGAGGGAAAUGACAGAAAGGAAUAUAAGCUGUGGAUAUUGAAAACUAUAGAAGAGACGUGGAAUCUUUUUUAUAAAAAGUUUACUGCUUUCUGGGAUGAACACAAGGAUGGCCCUGGUGAGGCAUAUCUGCCUGAAAUUUUUAAUAAUGCAGAAAUUCAUCUGUUGGCAAAACAGAAAUAUAUGGAAGAUCUGUUCCAUGACAGUCUUGGAUUUGGUGCUGAAAAAAUGACAAGGAGAAUUGUUGGGGUGGCUCAUGUUGAAGACUUCGAAUCAAUAGCUGAGCCAGAGAAACGUGCGAAUUAUGAACGGCAAGCUCUCACCUUUGCAAAUUUGCUUCUGAAAGAAAGACGAAGCUUCAAGAGCAUUGGUGAAGUUGUGUCCGCCGUUCAGCAGUCUAAAUCAUGAGAAACUCCUCAAAUUUAUGAUUUUAAAUAUUGCAAGGAUAAUUGAGUUAAAUUGUGAUAUACAGUAAUAACUCCAAAGGACAAGCAGAAUGUAUUCAAGGGUAAUAAGAGAUUUCUUAAGUUUUGUGUCCCAAAAAAAAAUUUAAAAAAAAUAAAAAUUGAAAGGGCAAAUAUGUA